UUUCGCUGACCAAGACGACGAUGGCAGCGUUGAACAACAAGUCGCAGGAAUAUUGCGAAAAUCGAGAUACGACUCGCAGGACCCUCGACCUUGUAUUCUAUGGUCUCACUAUAGCACUCUUUGCUGCUACCAUUGUCACAGAUCUCAUUGCGGUGAUUGAACAUUGGUUUGAUACAAAUAAGUCAUGGGCUUAUUGUACAGCUCUACUGAUUCUAGUGCCAUCGUUCUUUCUCCAGUUACUAAGUUUAAAAUGGUAUCAAACAAAUGGAAAAUUGAAGCUAUUUCAAUGGAUCUCACACAUGUUUCACUUAGCAGUAAUACAUAGAUUUUAUUUCUUACUCAACUCUGUACUAAAGUCCAUGAAAAGUAAAAAUACUUUAAAAGAGAAAGACUGGAUUUUUCGAUUAGAAAAUGAAGCCUUUACAUUGAAUCUAUUCACGUCGCUGCUAGUAGCAGUCCCUCAAAUGAUAUUUCAACUCUAUACUAUGGCCGUAUCUCAACGCGUCACGUUUUGGACAAGUGCCUGCAUAAUAUCGUCUCUGUGCUCCUUGACAUGGGCCCUGUUCGCCUACUCGUUGGCCACGAGCCGCGGCAGCCACCAGGACAGCAGCAAGUCGCAGUACACGUGGUCGUCGAUGAUGAUCCAGGCCUUCUGGCGAGGCGGCAUGCUGGCCUCGAGAAUAGCGGCUCUGGUCCUGGCUAGCCUCUGCUUUCGCUACUGGGUUUUCCUCAUUUUCGCUCUGCACUCGCUGGCCAUGAGCAGUUGGCUCCUCCAGCAGACGACGGACUUCUGCCCGAGCAUCCCCCAAGAGAUGCUGUACAAGUGCCUCAUAGGCUCGGUGUACUUUUUCGACUUUCUGCGACUGAGCGAGCGACAGGUGCGCUUCCGGGUCUCGCUCUUCUACUCGUGCGCGCUCAUCGAGAACGUGGCCUUCUACGCGGCCUACGUCCUCUCCUACAAGCAUCUGUAUCCGAGCAACGUCCUCGUCGUCGGCAGCGUCCUCGUGCUGGGCGGCAGCUUCGUCGGAGCCCUCAGUAUGCUGCUGCACUUUUGCAUGUUUCAGCACGUCAAGACCAUCAAGCUGUGCCACAGAGCCUCGGAGCUGAACAACGCGCGAGAUCCCGAGCUGGCGGUGGGCCCAGCCUCGUCGUCGGCCUUCCCUUCGGUCGCUGCUGCUGUCGCCUCCGCGUCGCCGCUGAAAAAGCGCGACAAUCGCGACCAUCGAUCAUCCGAGUCGACCGACAAAAAUCUCUUGCUCGACAACGUCGUCCAGCGCUCGGACUCUAUCGACAAGGACGGCAUAAUCAACGCCAGCUUUUCCGACGAGAACAACCUCACGGUGCGGGCCGUCGUCGAGGACAACAAGAACUCCAGCCACGACUCCGUUUCCAUGGAAAAGUUUCAGUGCCAGGCUGCCACUGCCACUGCCAAAUUCGACGGCUUCGAUCUCGAGGACGACAAGGAGCUGCUCGAUACCAAAGCGCCGAGCAGCAGCGAGUCGCUCGUCAAGCAGAAGCGAAGGGGUAUCUGCUCGGAGCUCGACUUGGAUCUCGACUUGGAGCUCGACUUGGAGCUCGCUGAUCCCGUGGCCGCUGGCAAUCUCGAAAUUCAAAAACGACGCGCCAUAUGCUCCUUGACGCAGUUGGGCCUGGAGCUUGUGACGGACGACGAGAACUACGUGGAGAAGAGCUUUUCGCUCGAUAAGCUGAAAUCCGAGUCAAACGCGUCGCUGAACGAGGACAAAUCCGCCGGUGUAAUCGAUUCUCUGCCCGUCAAAAAUUUAUUGAACUCGGACAAUUUGUCGGAGAGCGUACUUCUUCGUGGGAGGCUCGGCACUCCUGUGGCUUCGGACAGUAGCGAGGACGCAUCGAUCUCGCCCAGGUUUCCGGAAAAAAAUGCGCACGUCGACAAAGUCGAAGAAGAGACAAUGAGCCACGUAACGUCGGUACACGACUACGAGAACGUGUGCCCGCUGAGCGUAGCGAGGCCGCCCUGGUGCAUCAGAAGUUGGCGCGGAUACACCGACAUCGAGACCUACAUACACGACGACAGCGUCGUUCGCGAUCGGCGCACGGAUACUCUCACCAGCACGACUUUCAGCUCGGACUUUUCCGAUGCGACUUACACCAGUCUCAGGAAGUUCAUGAGAACCAGUCGGCAGGACGAUUAUCUCGACACUCUCAUUUACGAUCUGGCAGAUUUGGAAUCGGUCGGCAACAAAGCUGCGACGCUCGAAGAAGUCUCCAGCACGACCGACACCGCGACAACGUUACCUGAAUCGAUCCAAGAGACUUCUCAAGACCGGUCUAAUUUAUUCUCGGCUAGACCCGUGGUGAUCGACGAGCUGGGUGGCAUGUUGUCUUUGGACACCAUAACAUCUGAAGCGAGUAGCAGCAACCUGCCAGAACUGCGAGUGAACUUGCAUAAGCCGAGUUCGGUAAGUUCCCUCGUGGCGACGAUCGACGAAAUCAGACGUUGCACCGCUGAUAACUCGCCACGCUACAUUUAUCAUCGUAACAGCGAGACACCCGCUCGUGUCCAAGAUUUUCCACAGCAGAAACAACAACAACAACAGGAUUCCCAUAAAGUUUUUCUCAAGAAAUCUCACUUGGCUAAAGUCUUGUUUGCAGGCAACGAUUACAGCAACCUCACUUUCUCUUAUAAUCCAUCCGAGCCUUGGUCGACGACAGGAUCUCUCGUAGGAAAUUCCGAUACGAGUAGUAGUUACGAUAAAUUGAUACGAGAGUGGACAAAUUAUAGACUGAGAGAAACAAAUAGUGUAACGACGCCCUUAAUCAACGCAAUACUCUCGGACUCUCCCAUUCUAGGCCCCAAGACCGAAGUUGUUACUAAUGUUGCCCCGGAAGAGGACAAUGUCUAUGUGGAUAUGAAUGCUUUUGGAGCAAAGAAAUGCAGCGAAAAAGACCACGAUGUGGAAAAUACAAUGCCUCCAGAGAUUAUCCAGGAUGAAAUUCCCGUAAAUAUUACGUCUAUAUUAAGUAAAAAUAGCGAAACCAUCGUCGAGAAAUCCAUGACUGGACGAAAAAAAGUAGGUUUCGUUUUGACGGACGAAAUCAUUGACGAUAUGUCGACGGACACGAGUUCAGAAAACACGGAAAGUGUGCGUUCUUUGUCUCCAACACUCGCUCAGAAUUCCAAUUUGAGUAUUGACAAACGCCGAGGACUCGUGAGCCGACCGCGAUGUAAGUUUUCGUUGCUGCGCGAUAGAUUCGAAUCGUCACCGAAUAAAUCCGAUCAACAGCAAAUACCGUUGAACCGAGCCCAGUUGAACAAGCGAAUUUCCGUUAUAUUCAAUGAUUCGCAAGCUUUCGAAACUUCGCUUAAUUGCGAUAAGCAGAGCCUCACGAGUAAUAAUAGUCUGCGUACCGAUAACGAUGUGAAAUACAACGAGCCGACAAAUCUAAGAGAAAAAAGACGACUAUUUCUAAAACAAGUUUUGUCUCCCCCCCGAUUUCAAGGCUGGAGCAAGAAACGUACUUUCAGUCCAAAUGCCAAAAUAAUAAACAAGGCCCACUGACCGCACGAUAUAAUGAUUACGCUUUAUUAAUUGCUAGUGUUAGUAUUAAAAAUUAUACUAUAAAAACGUAUGCGUACAUAUACACGCUGGUGUGCUUUUAUGCACGCGUAAAAGUUUACACAUAAACGUUCCUCUGUCAUUGGCAUUCAAUGUUCCCAUACAUAAAUGAAUGUUACGAACUAAGAUAGCCAUAACGUUCCUUUUAUUUAUAAAUGAACAAAAAAUGAAAAGAUAUGGUGAUAUCAUAUCCACACUUAAGGUCUUCCAUUAUAUCGGUUGUGAUUAUUAUACACAGGCUUAGUAUUAAUAUUCAUUGUAUUUUUUAAAACAAAAAUUUUAUCAGAAUCCCAACGAUAAACAGCAUUCUAUCUUAUGCUUAAUGCAUGAAAUUUAACUUCAGUCAACGAUUGAUAUUUUAUUUCGAGAUUUCGCAUGCGUUAUUUUUAACAUCAAAAUGUUAAUUUAUAAAUUUUAAUAA